AUUCCCUCGACGUGAUGACAAACUUCACACUGCCAGUUCUUCACCACUCCUCCAUCAGCCAUCAUUAACAGUCUUGACGCUCUCGUCAGGAUCUCUAAGCUCGUAUCCAAUGCCGCCUCCAGUAAUGUCCCCGCCACGAUCUCGAUCUCGUUCCCGGUCACAACCACGCCGCAUACACCACCACAUCUCCAUGUCCUUCUCCACUCCAGAGAAUGUCGUCCCGCAGCUGUAUGAGUGGGUAUCGCUACGCUUUCCUUUUUCCGUUGUCGUGCACCGCUACUCUAUAUCCACUACUCAUGUGUCACGAUCUUUGUCGUCCCUAUCUUUUUUGGAAAUACCAGUUCGACUUUCCCAUUCGUCAUCGAGCCGCAUGGACAAUGAUCCAGACCCCAACGACUCCCUACUUGCCGAGUUUGACCAUAAUAGUGGCUCUGGAGAGUAUAUCAGACCAAGCGAGAGUCUGGGGGAAGAAUUGAGGAGGCGUCUGAACAAACCGGCUGAGGAAGAAGACGCUGAUAUACGAGCAGUCCCUGGGAGAGACCCGUGGACAACGUGGUUUCCAUCUACGCCGCCAUUGCGCAGCAGGGAAGCGCUGCGAUCAGAAUCUGAUACUCCCUUUCUACAUUUCUCGAGCCCAGGUGUUGCUCCCUCGGUACUGGUACACAUUCUGGGCAUGCAUCGCUCUGAAAUGGACGCAAUCGAGGAAGACGAAGUGCAGGUCGCCGAGCAAAAAGUACAGCAGGACCUGAUACGCGAGCAACGGGGGAGUUCUACUGCGCGGCCACAGGGGAUAUGCGAGGGUUUACCGGAUGACGAGACCGACUUUGCACAAUUCAUCGAGGAUGAGCGGGAUUCUCUCCCGGGAUCGUGCUUGUGCUGGGCGUGCAGAGCCAUUAUCCAGAGGUAUGCUCGGGGACGCAAUUUGUUUCCGUAGAUUGGAUGCUGAUAUGCAUGCAUUAAUAUACGCGUCAACUCAUCAAGAUCUCGCAAAGAAGAGAAGGCAACUCGAGGAGAAAUCAUGUCAGGAGAGGGUGCGAGCAAAAGCCUUGGAGAAGUGUCCGUGUACGUGUAGAAGGAUAUACGAUCGUGGCCUCGUGUAUACUGUUUCGAAUUGCAGCUUCGAUUCCGACGAUGCCUGAUGUUAAUAUGCAUUACGGACAGCUGGGUCGGGGCUGAAACAUUACCCAGAGCCCACACACACUGCAUAUCAGA